AUGUCUACCUUCACCUGGGCCAUCCCCAGCCGAAGCGGCGCUGGGUCCACUAAGAAUGAUGAUCCCAAGCGCCGGAGGAAGAUCCAGAACCGCCUUAAUCAGCGAGCCCGCCGAUCACGUCUCCAGCAACAAAACAAGCAGAAUGGUAAAGUCGACGAUCCUCCUUUCCGUGUCCAUCGCUGGAAACUCGACGACCCCGAGGAUACCGAACCAUCCCCCCCCGAGUCGUCGGUGUUGACGUCGGCGUCCCCUCGGACGAAUCCCAGCAAUCUACGCCUCCACAAUUCCAUCUCACACUCCGCCCUCAUCGUCCCUGCAAGAAGAGACCAAUCAGCCAAAUCCAAGUCAUGCAUAGCGUCGGACCUCUUACUCACUAUGAUUCAACGAAAUGUCGCCCGCGCCGGCUAUCAGAACUCAAACAUCAUCCUACCAGCUGUUGCCGCCUUCUCAGCAACCGGUGAACCCCAGCCCCUUGACAGACUUUUGACUGUAUCAUCUAUUGUGCCCAUAACCGAUGGUCUGCCAGAUAUGUUAGUACCAACCGACUUGCAAAGAAGGAUCCCCCACGCCAUCUGGAUCAAUGGGAUUCCCUGCCCGAAGAUGCGCGAUAACCUUAUCCAGUGGGAGUACAUGAUAGACUCUACCGAGUUCUUGUAUGACCUUAUGGGUAACUUGUUAGAGCCCGAGGUCCCUUGUUUCCGUCCGUCAGGCUCACCCAUACAACUAUCGGCAUUGCCAAUGAAUCAUGACUUGAGUCUUUCGGGUGAUGAAGAAGACGAUUAUACGGCCAGUCGUCAUGGUAUGAUUGUAUGGGGGAAACCUUAUUUAUUGGACAGUUGGGAGUUGACCCCUGCCUUUGUGCGGAAAUGGGGGCGCCUUCUUGAGGGAUGCGAUGAGUUGAUUAGGUCGUCGAAUCGAUGGAGGGAAUCUCGUGGAGAAGAAAAGAUUCGCAUCACCGAGUUGGAAUACUAG